AUGUCUUUUGCAUUUUACUUAGGAUCUUGCAUUCCCUCACAAUUAAACCUUCCUCUUAACUUGCAUAAAAAUUUAAAUUAUUUCAGGUACAAGUUACGCCAACCAACGAAGCAGUAUGCGCCAUGGUGUGACACUGUCCUUAAAACAGCAAGACUGGCUGUUAGUGUCAUUGCCAUUUUAAAAGAACAAACUCGUGCUUCAAAACUUUCUUUCGCUGAUGUUACCAAGAGAGUAGCAGAAUUUGAGAGAGGGCACCAUGCAUUCAUUUCAAAAGAUGCAACACUUGUUGAAAGAUAUGUUGUGGUGCAUGGACAGAUAAUCCUUCAACAGUUCGCAAAUUAUCCAGAUGAGUACAUUCGACGGUGCGCCUUCAUCACAGGCCUUGUCAAGAAGAUGGAAGAAAGAGGUCACACGAAGCUAGCAAUGAAGAAGAAAUCUCAAGUUGUGAGAGGAGGGAAUCUGAACCCAAUUGCAAAAAUGACCCCAGUAUCAAAACGAAAUCUUAUGCGUGCGACAACCACAAAGUUGGUCAGCAGGAUAUGGGGUGAUUACUAUACAACCCAUUUCCCAGAGGAUUCAAAGGAGGGGGGUGAGAAUGAUGAGCAAAAGGUAUUUGAGGAGGAACAGGAAGAAAAUGAAGAAGAUGAUGCUGAAGGAGAGGUUGAAGUUGGCGAGGAACAUGUUUCGAGGACCUUGCCACCAACAAGGUCUAGAGUGACAUCAUUAGAUGUUUGUGAAGAAAUAAAAUGGGAAGGUCAAAUGGUUGGAAAAACACCUGCUGGAGAAGCUCUGUACAGAAGUGUUAGAGUUGGAGAUCUAAGUAUUCCUGUUGGUGGGGCAGUCACAUUGGAAGGUGAUUCAGGAGAAGCCAUUAUGUGUUCUGUUGAGUAUAUGUAUGAGACACAUGAUGGCACACGAAUGAUUCAUGGAAGAGUUCUGCAAAAUGGUUCGGACACUGUCCUCGGCAACGCCGCAAACGAAAGAGAGGUGUUCUUUACCAAUGACUGUUUACAGUUCAAAGUAGGUGACAUGAGAGAAUCAGUUACUGUCAACUUCCAGCUAAUUCCCUGGGGUCACAAGUGCAGAAAAGACCAGUUGGAAGCUAUUAGGGCGGAGAAGGCCAAUGCAGAGGAUAGGAAGAAGAAAGGUUUGCCGGUGGAGUAUAUCUGCAAAAGCCUAUACUGUCCUGAGAAAGGUGCCUUUUUCUCCCUCCCUUAUGAGAAAAUGGGUAAUGGAACUGGCACUUGUAGUUCCUGUGAGGAGCGAGUAGCGGUUGGUGAUGAAUUCAAAAUACUGUCAGAGACCAGCUUUGUCCUCAAGAAUGUCACAUACAAUGUUCAUGACUUCCUGUAUAUCAGGCCCGAGUUUUUCCCUCGAGUCGAGGGCCGUGGGACCUACCGGGCUGGAAGAAAUGUGGGCCUGAAACCCUAUGUGGUAUGUCGUUUGCAGAGUGUCAAUGGUGCUUCAAGGUCUCAUAAAGCUAAUCUGAAAUCAACAAAAGUCAGUGUAAGAAGGCUAUACAGACCUGAUGAUAUUUCAUCGGAUAAAGCUUACUCUUCAGAUAUCAGAGAGGUGUACUACAGUGAAAAUAUAGUUAGUGUGCCUGUUGCGAUGAUAGAGGGAAAAUGUGAGGUUACAGCAAAGGAUGACCUUCCAAAUUCAAAUCUUCCAGUAGUAGUUGAGCACGCCUUUUACUGUGAACAUUUAUAUGAUCCUGGCACUGGAGCUCUCAAGCAGCUACCGACCAAUGUUAAGCUCACCCUGGCAAGGAAGGCGCCUGCUUCGAGAAAGAAUAAAGGGAAGCAGAUUUGUGACGAUGAGCAAGCCGGUUCGGAUAAACACAAGGAUGAAACACCAGAGAACUGUCUUGCAACCCUUGAUAUUUUUGCUGGCUGUGGAGGUUUGUCUGAAGGGCUGCACCUAGCUGGCGCUUCACGUACAAAAUGGGCAAUCGAAUAUGAAGAACCUGCUGGGCAAGCAUUUCUUCAAAAUUAUCCUGAAGCAGCAGUGUUUGUGGAGAACUGCAAUGUAAUUCUGAAGGCGAUAAUGGAUAAGUGUGGCGAUGUUGAUGACUGCCUCUCCACUUCCGAGGCUUCUGCGAGAGCAGCAAAACUUCCAGAUGAGAAGGUUAAGAAUCUCCCUAUGCCCGGUGAAGUAGAAUUCAUCAAUGGUGGUCCUCCAUGCCAGGGGUUCUCCUGGAUGAACAGAUUCAAGCAGAGCCCAUGGAGCAAGGUUCAGUGCGAGAUGAUUCUGGCAUUCCUGUCCUUCGCAGAGUAUUUCCGGCCAAGGUUCUUCCUUUUGGAAAACGUCAGGAACUUUGUUUCAUUUAAGAUGGGCCAGACCUUCAGACUGACACUAGCAUCGCUCCAGGAGGUGGGGUACCAGGUCCUUGACGCUUGCUCUUCUCUAUUUGUGCUAUGGCCUUCCUUAACUUCCAUAUGUUUUCAACUAGUCUGCAUGUUCCUAGGUUCGAUUCUGCAUUCUAGAGGCAGGUGCCUAUGGCGUCGCGCAGUCCAGGAAAUGGGCGUUCAUCUAGGCCACCGCGCCUGGGAGACUCUUCCUGACUGGCCUGAACCAAUGCAUGUCUUCGCUAGCCCUGAGCUGAAAAUAAACCUGCCAGGAGGUAAAUACUAUGCUGCUGCCAGGAGCACAGCUGGAGGAGCUCCUUUCCGCUCUAUAACAGUCAGGGAUACAAUCGGCGAUCUACCACCGGUGGUGAAUGGCGCCAGCAACCCAACAAUAGAGUACGGAGGCGAGCCCAUCUCCUGGUUCCAGAAGAAGAUUCGAGGCGAUACGCUUUCGCUGAGUGACCACAUAUCCAAAAAGAUGAACGAGGUGAAUCUCAUUAGGUGCAAGCACAUCCCAAAGCGCCCUGGCUGUGAUUGGCAUGACCUGCCAGAUGAGAAGGUGAAGCUAUCCACAGGGAAAACGGUGGAUCUGAUCCCUAAGUACUUGCUCAACACAGCCAAGAGAACAAUCAGUGGAAAGGCCUGUAUGGGAGGCUGGACUGGGAGGGCAACUUCCCCACAUCAGUGA